UCUGAUGAAGCAGACUUUUGGCAACUUGAAGUGUGAUCCACUUUUAUGAUAAACUAAAAAUGACAGCAAUAAAGCGUGCUGAGCUCAUCUUCAUCUGUUUCAUGCUGCUACGUGGUUUUGUUGCAGCAUUAAACUGCACCAGUCCAACUCCUAAAUCUUUAAUGAAGGCACUUGAGAAGGAUUUAUUCCCGGAAAAACUGGUGCGUCCUGUGAGCAGCUUUUCAGAACCAAUGGAUGUAAACGUCACUAUCACUGUGGUGGGAAUUUUAGGAGUGGAUGAAAAAGCCCAAAUCCUGACAACAGUAUUGUGGCAAUCUCUGAAGUGGCGUAUAGACGGACUAAGCUGGGAUGAGAAGGAAUGUGGAACUACAAGAAUCUCUGUCCCUCGAGAAAAUCUUUGGGUCCCAGACAUCCACAUCAACCAAUACGUGGACGAGGACAAAUCCCCCAAAACUCCCUAUGUCUACUUAUACAACACAGGUCUUGUAUUUGAUGAUAAGCCGAUCAGAGUGGUCAGCUCCUGCCGAUUAGAUAUCUACACUUUCCCUUUUGAUAUCCAAAACUGCACUCUAACCUUUGGAUCAUAUCUACACUUUGCUACUGACAUAAGGAUGUAUCCAGACACCACAGCUGAAGAAAUUCUGCUGGAGUCCAGAAAUGUGUUGGAGACCAAAGGGGAGUGGGUGCUUACAGAUCUCAAUAUAAAGUCUGACACCCUGGCUUUAGCUGUGGGAAGUUACUCUGAGAUUGAGUACCGUAUCAUUUUAAGCCGUAGGCCAGUCCUCUAUGUGGUGAACCUCUUGCUCCCCAGCUGUUUCCUUGUCACAGUGGACCUCUUCAGCUUCCUGCUGCCUCCCCAUAGUGUGGACCGAUCUGCCUUCAAGAUGACCCUCAUUCUGGGCUACACAGUUUUCCUGCUCAUUAUGAAUGACCUGCUGCCUGUCACUGGGGACACAACACCUCUCAUCAACGUUUUCUUCUCCAUCAGUCUGGCGCUGAUGGUGGCCAGUCUGGUGCAGACCGUGAUUAUCACUAAUCUCCAGUACAACUCAGACCAGUACAGUACAGUGCCUCCCUGGUUCAGUACCCUCGUGUUGCGAUAUAUAGCUGUUAUAGUUGGUCUCCCUCGAAAGAAAAAGAGCAUCUCAAUCCUCAACCCAUAUACUAAAGCAACAAAUUCGACCAUCUCCACUAUCUCAUCGAGUCAUCUUCACAGUGUCUCCGUUAAUACUCAAUGGGGACCAGCUCUGGAUGAACUGAGGAAGCUGAGCAGAGAUCUCAUGGCCAUCCGCCACCAGAUUGCCAGUCACCUCCAUGGGACCAAAACCACACAGGAAUGGCAAAUGAUUGGGACAGUCUUGGACCGUCUGCUGUUCGGCUUGUACAUUAUCUUCAUCUUGGUCAGUGUCAUCACCAUCCUGAAUGUAGGAAUCUGGAAGAACUCUCAUAGUGUAUGAUUUGUUAUUGCAUAUUUAAACUAUGGAUAAACAAUAAUUCCCAAAAACAGGCAUUUCAAAAGGCCAGUCAACAUCCAGACCUAACUGAGGUUUGGGCUUUAAGUCUGAGAUUUGAUGUCUGAUUAGGUCACAGUGCAGGUAAUUGUUCAUGGACGUAUUCACCAUGAAAGUAUUGAGUGUGAACACAUUUUUGCAAUGUUACAGUUUCAGAUUGUGUGUGAUUGUGAGAACUUAUUCGUCUUAAAAUAUAACAGCUAACAAAGCACUAAAUUGAAACUAAAUACACAGCACUGUAAAAUACAGGUUGCCUCUAAUUAUAAUCUGCAUACCGUGAACCCCAGAAUCAUUCAGAUCAUUGUGUACAUGGCAUUACAUGGUUUUCAUUUCAGUGUCAACACAUGUAGUAAUAAGUUGCUGUACUUUGAUUGAUUGAUCUAAAGUUUACUAGAAAGAUAGUCCAGCCCUCACAGUUUUGGUGUAGUGUGCUGACGUGCUUCAAAGCAAAUUGAGGUUCAAAUUCUACUGAAAUAUCAACUAUGCACUAUAUCCACUAGAUAGUGCUAUUGGUGGUUGGAGUUUUUGUGUAAACCAUGUGAAUUAGGCAUGCAGGGUAACUGUGUAACUAUGCAGAGUUCCUACAUGAUUCCUUAAUGUAUAUAGCCUGUACAACACGUUAUAUUAUUAAUAGUGUUGGAAAGUAACAAAGUACAUUUACUCAAGUACAGUUUUGACUAUUUACAUUUUCUGUU